AUGGAGAAUGGUUUGUUUAGUGUUCCAAUAGAUGUGGCAGGAAGGAAUUCUGUUGCCACCGAUCGAUCAUCACAGAGAACCCCAAACUCACUGGUCCAGUUUGAUUCAUUCAACCUUAACAACCAUAGUCAGACAUUGGCUGGAUUUACCAUGCUUCCGACAUUGCAAGGAGAACCUAUAAAUGACGUCAAUGCAAACAUUCAAAUGGCCAGUCGAUCUUCAGUUAUGGACUCAGAUGCAUUAGUUACCUCUCUUGGAAGGAAUGUUGUGGGAGAUACUUUUCCUGGCUGUUCACGUUCUAUUGGUAUCACUCCAUUUGAAGAGCAAUUUGGGGGUGGAACAACCAUUUCUAGUUCUGCACUUGCUACACUUUUCGCCACAAGAAGUGGUCUUCAAGAAAAUCUGAACAACUUGGCAAUUUCAGGACCUUCAAGCUAUCCAUUGGAAGAUUUAAGGCCGUUUGUUUCAAAUGACGGCACCAAUGCUUUGAAUUCUUCAUUUGCAUCGUCUUUGAAUUAUGGAUGUGGAGAAGUAUUUGGUAAUAUGAAUAGUAAGGAGGAUUUUGACAGGUUUCCUCCUCCAAUAGAGCUUGGUGGACGAGCUCCUAUCAGAGCAGGAUUUCAACCAUAUUCACCCAUUGGAAACCUGCAAUUGAAUAGUUGGUUAACGCAAAAUGGUGUGAAUGUGAGUGCUGGUGACCCUUUUGCAUCUGGUAAAUCUACUAAUGAGCUCUCUUUAAGUCUUGCCACAUCCCAGCCUUCUGUCAUAGAUAGGAGAAGUAUCCCAGAUCAAUGCUCGGAGAUAAGUCAUAAUGAUAUACCACGUCAUUGCUCGAAAGAAACAAGGUUAGGCACCGAACAAACUUCUUGUAGCAGUAAGGAGCUUUCUUUGAGUUGCAGUUCUUACAGAGCUGGUCAAUUCUCACAAGUAAUAUCAGGAUCCAGAUAUCUUCAGGUAAUACAGGAAAUACUUGCUCAAAUUGCAAGCUAUUCACUAGAGAAUGUAGACCAGACAAGCUCUUCUACUGUUGGGUUCAAGACUGGAGCAAGCAGACCAUUCUCUUCCAUUAACCCUACCGAGGGAGGGAUGUCGUCGAUGGGUUCUGAUGAAUCUCCUGGUAUGAAUGGUAGAUUUGAAGUUCAAAUGGAUCCAGCCUUGCAGAAGCGGGCGCUGGAAGCAAAGAGAACACAAUUGCUAACUCUACUACAAGUGGUUGAUGAACGAUAUAGCCAAUGCUUGGAUGAAAUACACACAGUUAUAUCAGCAUUCCAUGCUGCAACUGAGUUGGACCCACAGAUUCACACUCGUUUUGCUCUCCAGACAAUCUCUUUCUUGUACAAACGCCUUAGGGAGAGGAUCAGCAACCAAAUCCUAGCAAUGGGAACUCAUUUGGAUGGUGGAGACACCAUAGAGGCAGAGGGAUCUUUUGAAACUUCCUACCUGCAAAAGCAAUGGACUCUCCAGCAGCUGAAGAAAAAAGAUAAACUAUGGAGACCCCAGAGAGGCCUGCCAGAAAGAUCUGUCUCAGUCCUGCGUGCAUGGAUGUUUCAGAACUUUCUUCACCCGUACCCUAAAGAUGCUGAGAAGCAUUUGCUUGCAGUAAAAAGUGGACUAACAAGAAGCCAGGUAUCCAAUUGGUUCAUAAAUGCUCGAGUUCGUCUAUGGAAACCGAUGAUAGAGGAAAUGUAUGCUGAGAUGAACAGAAGAAAGGCUCAGCAAAACGAAGAGGGAAUUAACAGCAAUCACAGAGGUCCGAUUAGCGUCAGCAAUCCAAGAUUUAAUCACCAUCUAUUGAUAGAUCAGAAACUGGGAGUUGGAGAAGUUGCAAUGGCAAAAGUGGUGGUGGUUUUCGACUUCGACAAGACCAUUAUUGACUGUGAUAGUGAUAAUUGGGUCGUGGAAGAGUUAGGUGUCCAACACUUGUUCACUCAGCUCCUUCCUACUUUGCCUUGGAACCAUCUCAUGGAUAAGAUGAUGAUGGAGCUCCACUCCCGUGGUAAGACAAUUCAGGAUAUUGCAGAGUGCUUGAAGAAGGUCCCACUGGAUCCCAGGAUCAUCUCAGCAAUUAAAUCAGCCCAUGCUACUGGGUGUGAUUUAAGGAUAGUGAGCGAUUCAAAUGACUACUUUAUCGAGACAGUCUUGAAACAUAAUGGGCUGAUGGAUUGCUUCUCCGAGAUCUACACAAACCCAAGCUAUGUUGAUGCAGAAGGAAGGCUUAGAAUCUUAGAAUACCAUGAUUUUAACAAGUCAACUUCUCAUGGCUGCACUAUCUGCCCUCCCAAUAUGAUCCAAGCUUCUGUUUCGGCCGAGGGAGAAAGACAGUUCAUCUAUGUGGGUGAUGGAACUCCUGACUACUGCGCAGCUUUGAUGCUUAAAGAAAUAGAUGUGUUGAUGCCAAGGAAGAAUUUUCCACUCUGGGAGCUCAUUUGCGACAAUAAAAUGCUUGUCAAGGCAAAUAUUCAGGAGUGGAGUGAUUGGGAGGAGCUUGAGACUAAGUUGCUUAAUUUAAGGAACGCAGUCUUUAUUGAAGAGAAAUGCAGCGUGAGACCAGAUCAAUUGGUUCCAACUGAUUGGGAGAAGAACUGUAUCCUUGAGAGCAGAGUAAAAUAUAAUGUUUCUGGUAUGAUCAACUAUGGCAGCAUUGCUUUGCAUGUCAUUGAUAAGAAGCUAAAGGGAUAA